UCGGGCGAAGGGCGAGAGCAACGUUGCCGGGCGGCGGGGUUGUGAUCCUCCCUCGUUGCUACGCCAGCCGUGCGGUGGAUAAAAAGAGUUGGAUCGGUCGAAGUUGACGAUCGACGGGUUGUUCGAAUGAAUGGACGACGUUACUGCGGGGUUUAGGCCACGGUUGUUAAUCGUGGCUUUCGAAAGCGGGGUGGGCAGUUCAAGACCCAGGUCACUUUUGGGUAGAGCCGGAGAACUGGCUUGAUUUGAAACUAGCUUCGCAGCCAGAAGGAGAAGCAACGAAAAGCAAUUGGGACCUGGCUCAGUGGCACAUUGGGAUCUUCUGUAGUCCAGAGUGGAAACAGGGCUGGGUCAGCAUUUUAGGCAACCGAUUGCUUGACGGGGCCAGGAAACAAAAGGAAAUGGAUGCAGGCUAAUCAUCUCUCUUACUUAGACUACACUAAGAAACACGCUUCCAACCAUGUCCCUCUACAACCAACAGAACACCUCGGCUAUAAUAUUUCACAGUAAUAAUGUUUUCACAAGUGUCUUCUAAGAAGGUCUUGGCAAUGAACGCAUUAUGUUGUGCAGAGUUUCAACAAGCAGUCAAAAAAGGAGAAAAAUGUGUCCAGAAAAAUAGGAUCCAUGUUUGCUUAAUCCACAGGGCUGUGGAUUAAAUUGCCUCUUAUUUAUCUGCACCGUAUGUGCUCACAAAGGAGCCCAUGAGUUGGAAAAGAAGCUUGAAUGUAUAGGUUUUGUUCGUCUCCUUGUGUGUAUAUCUACAACUAGAUGUGAAGAAAGUGUUCGUUCCUGUAGUAAUCUGUGAUUAGCUCAUGAAAGCUGCUGUCAGUCCAUAAAAGCAGGUUCAGAGCAAUUUCAGGUACCUCACCUCUCUGAACUAUGGGAGAUGCAUGUGUUAAAACAGUAGGAACUGGGAUUGGAAAGGAAAGAACAGUUGUUUUAAUUGUUGCUUUAGACAACAGCUGAACAGGUUCCUUAUUGGAAUUUUGUUACAGCCCUUCCGAGAUAAUAGCUACAUUGAUUCUUCCUAAACUCAUUUAUUCAGAAGACGCCUUUGUCACUUAUCAAGGUGACACCAAUCCCUGGCUGUGAUUGACAGGUGGAGUUGUUUCUGCUUCUUGAAUAAAAUGCAAAAAGGGGAAGGUUGUUACAGGUUUAUUGAUGAACCCACAAAUACAUGGUUGCUGAGUAGACCCUCUUCAGUCUGGUGAAUGCCGUCUGAAAUUAAACAAGGCAUUGGUGAGAUUCAAGCAAUUUAACAACCGGUUCUCUGCCCUAAUGAUUUCUUCCAACAACCAGUUUGCCAAACUGCUCAGAAAGUUAACAACUGGUUCUCCCGAAGUGGUGCGAACUGGCUGAAUCCCACCACUGAAACAAGGCCUGGUUGAGAAGAAUUGUGUUCAUCAUGGCCCAAGCAUCUAGUGAUAUGGAUACUACGGAGCAAGAGGAGAGUUCUCCAAAUAUGAUUGUUUACCGAAAGAUAGAAGAUAUCAUUACAAGAAUGCAGGAUGACAAAACAGGUGGAGUGCCCAUUCGUACCGUCAAGAGCUUUCUGUCGAAAAUCCCCAGUGUUGUCACAGGAGCUGACAUAGUACAGUGGCUUAUGAAGAAUCUCAGUAUUGAAGAUCUAGCUGAAUCAAUCCAUCUGGGAAGUCUUGUUGCAGCACAAGGAUAUAUUUUUCCAAUCUCUGAUCACGUACUGACUUUAAAGGAUGAUGGAACUUUUUAUCGGUUUCAGGCUCCAUACUUCUGGCCUUCAAAUUGUUGGGAACCAGAAAACACAGACUAUGCCAUCUAUCUUUGCAAGAGGACCAUGCAGAAUAAAGCUAGACUGGAACUGGCAGAUUAUGAAGCAGAGAACUUAGCAAGACUACAGAGAGCUUUUGCCAGAAAGUGGGAAUUCAUCUUUAUGCAAGCUGAAGCACAAGUCAAAAUUGAUAGAAAAAAGGAUAAGACAGAAAGGAAGAUUCUGGAUAGUCAAGAAAGAGCUUUCUGGGAUGUUCAUAGGCCGGUGCCGGGCUGUGUGAAUACAACAGAGAUGGACAUCAGGAAGUGUCGGCGAAUGAAGAAUCCACAGAGGGUCAAAAAGUCAGUUUAUGGAGUUAUAGAAGAUAGUCAGUCUCAAAGCCCUGCACAUAUACCUUCCCAACCAAUUCGCAAGACAACAAAAGAUGAUGUCCGAAAGCAAAUAUCAUUUCUGAAUGUUCAAAUAGAGAGGCAUUGUUUAAAAAUGUCUAAAGUAGCAGAAAGUUUAAUUGCUUAUUCAGAGCAGUACAUGGAUUAUGAUCCCUUUAUAACUCCUGCGGAACCCUCCAAUCCCUGGAUAAAUGAUGACGCUGUGUUUUGGGACUUAGAAACAAGCAAAGAGCCUUCCCAGCAUCGGGUCAAGAGAUGGGGCUUCUCUAUAGAUGAGGUGUUGAAAGAUCCUGUGGGGCGUGACCAGUUUUUUCGAUUUUUGGAAUCAGAAUUCAGUUCUGAAAACCUCAGGUUUUGGUUGGCUGUCCAGGAUCUCAAAAAACAACCACUGCAAGAUGUAGCGAACAGAGUAGAAGAGAUCUGGCAAGAGUUCCUCGCUCCCGGGGCCCAGAGUGCCAUCAACCUGGACUCUCACAGCUAUGAAAUAACAAGCCAAAACGUCAAAGACCCAGGGAGGUACACAUAUGAAGAUGCACAGGAACAUAUUUACAAGCUGAUGAAGAGUGACAGCUAUGCACGUUUCCUCCGUUCCAAUGCUUACCAAGACUUGUUGCUGGCAAAGAAGAAGCCCGAGAAUGAGCAAGGUCGUAGAACUUCCCUAGAAAAAUUCACUCGCAGUAUGGGAAAGUCACUGGCAGGCAAGCGUCUCACAGGCUUGAUGCAAUCUUCUUGACAACGUCGUUUGGGCUAGCCGUUGCUGACAUCUCCGAAAGACCGCUGCACCCUACCACCUCCUCCUCGGCCAAGGAAAGACAUUGGGGGGCAUACGGGCCACUGCGAGGGGCGGGGGGGGUGUAGACGAAAGAGAGAGCAAAGGAGAGAGAGCAUAUUCAGACAAUGGAAGAAACAUAGAGAGGGAAAAAGAUGCCGGGAUGGAGACUCUGACCCACUGUGGGUUCCUCUUUCUGUAGUUUACAUCCGACACUUUUCUUAUACCGCUUUGUAAUGGCACCGAGGUCUCCAACUAUUAAGACUCUGUUUCUAAUUUGAUUCCAGAGAAACACCAUGGCUGUCUAAAGGAAGCAGAGAAAGAAAGAGAGCGAGAAAGGGCUAUCAGUGUUAUUUUAUGUUCGAUCCUAAGAGAAAUUUAAGGAAAGGACAGCUGGUUCAGAUCAGUCUUCAUAACGCAGGCGCUUUCUCCCACUCUUUGCUGCUACUGCUGCAUGUGCACAGAUGUCUCUAUCAGCCUUUCACAUAUCUAGGUAGGACCAACAUGCUGCUGAGCAGUAGAUUAAUAGUAAUCUCUAACUUCACACUAAUGGCUCAGAUUUGGCAUCCUUCCCAAAGCUAGAAGAUUUCCCUUUGUCUGCAGGAAGUGUCAUGUGAUGAAGACGGUUGCCACCCUAGAGCUUAAAUGAAGAUUUAAAAAACGUAAUUUAAGUAAUUGGAAGGAGCACCCAAAGUCCCAAAUGAACUUUUCUCCACACCCACCUGCAAAUUUAUUGCAGAUACACAAGUCAUUUGUCUUCUAACUGUCUAGGUCCAAUAAAAUAAUUGCUAGAAUCUGCUUAGACUUGAGAGAAAGAACCUGCCUUUAGGAGAAAAUAUGCAUAGAAGUUUGUUUGGGUUUUUCUGUUUUGCUUUGUUUUUUGCCCUCAUUCUUUGAAACACCUUUUCAAAAGAUGUUUGCAAAAGUGGCUUUAGCUCUUCACUGAUAACCUUAGCUGUCCCAAAUAUGUUUUGGGAUACUGCCUGCAUGCUACGGCCAAUAGGAUCAGACUCUGAGCUCCAUAUGAGCAAUUGGAUCCUACUAGAGUUGAUUUGCAUUUUAUACAGUAUAUGUAAAACGAUCACGUCCAGCAAUAUGGUCCAAAUGUUAUGCCAGGCAUCCACCAUUUACAUGAUCCAGCUGUGGUACUGCAGCCGGCCAGGAAUGGCAUCCUUUCUAUUUAUUUCAUAACCCCAGCAAAGUGUUUUGUAACCAAACGAAAGUUCUUUAACAGAUUGAUUGAAUCUCUUGUGUGAAACAUACCACGGCUGGUGGUCAGCUGCUUUUAGCUUGGUGUAUGACAAGUUGCACAGGUCUGUUUUAUGCAUCCAUGUUAUAUAAAAGCACCUGAUUUAAAAAGGGGACAUUUGAUAGGAGUGGAAUAUUUACUGAAUUCAUCCCUUUUUUGUUUAUUUUCCCACCAGGCUUAGCCCACAAUAUUAGUCAUGUAGUGUAAACAUAUUUGAUUGAAUAUAUAAUACAUGUUUACUGCAUUGAGCACAAUAAGCUAGAAUCAGUGGUCAAUUAAGCUGUUAAAAUCUUAGUUAGGUCAUUUAAAAUUUAAUUAUCCAGGAAUAAAUCGAGGUUCAGUUGCUUGAAGAAAGAACAUAUUCAGAGAUUUCUUUUUGAAAAAAAGUCCAUGUAAACACUUCAAUCUGGCAAUUCCAGAGUUUUGUGUGGUAUAAGUAUCAGAUUUCUUUUUUCACAAUAUGGCAAAUGGGUGAAAACCUUGUGGGAAACUCAACCAGGAAUGUAAAUGAUCCAACUAAUUGCUCAAAAUUGUGUCCAGUGGUUAGAUCUGAGAGAAGGAAAUUGUUUAAUCCAUAUAUUAUUUGUGUAACUCCCCCAAAUAAACUAAAAGACCAAAAACCAGUUGCAAUGGAAAGUGUUCUGUAGGUUGUGUGGACAAAUAUUGGCUAGAAUGUAUAUGGGAUCAUAUGGAUGGCCUUAGCUGCCUUCUUUUGAAUUAAAGUGAGAAUUCCGAUAAACAUACGCUAUGCUUUCUAAAUACAUCAUCUCAUUUGAAUGCAAAAGUGUCAGCACAACUAUUUUUAUUUAUUUAUUAAUCACAUUUAGAAAGCUCUCCAGUCAAUACAGGCAGCCAUAUAAAUGUGAUUAAUAAAUAAAUAAGAAUAAAUAGUUGUACUGACAUUUUUGGUCAACUUAUUUUCCAAAGCACCAAGGGCAAGACAAGAAACAAUGGAUGGAAACUAAUCAAGGAGAGAAGCAACCUAGAACUAAGGAGAAACUUCCUAACAGUGAGGACAAUUAACCGGUGGAACAGCUUGCUGUCAGAAGUUGUGGGAACUUUAUAACUGGAGGUUUUUUAAGAAGAGACUGGACAGUGAUUUAUCUGACAUGAUAUAGGGUCUCUGCUUGAGCAGGGGGUUGGACUAGAAGACCUCCAAGGUCCCUUCUAACCCUAUUCUGAUUGAUUCUGACAUAUUUAGAAUGCAUAUGGUUACCAGAAUUCUCACUUAACUUUAAAAGAAAGCAACUUUUGAAAACUGUAUUAUGAGGUACAUGUGCACAGUUCUAUCUACAGAAUUUUUUAUUGUGGCAUGGGGUUCUUAUUUAUGUUUUGUUUCUUUAUUGCUGCCUUCAUUAUCUAUAAAAUUCUACUAUGCUGCCAUUUGCCCUGUAAAAAGCCAUUGUGAUUAUGAUUUUUUUUUUAUCAUGUUAAGCUGUAUUUCUCAACUCCUUCCAUUUAGGACAAAAUGGGAUGGCCUUUGCAGUUGGGGGGCCACAUUUUAUGCAGUCCAAAAAUUGGAUUUCAAGGACCACAUUGUUUCUCCACAAAGUAGUAAAAAUGUCAGGCUUGUUGUUGAUGUGGGGGGAAAGAAUAACAGGAAAUUGAUAUGCUAAAUACAGUGGAGGCUUGUAUACUGAUUUUUAGCCUUCAGAAAAUCAGGUCAAAAUAUUAGUAGUACGAUCUUCAGAAACUCUGGGGCACGUUAAAAUGGGGCCGGAGUGUAGGUUACCCAUUCCUGAUCCAGAUUCAUCAAAAGGUGAGUGAUUUAGGGCAGUGCAAUCAGAAAUCUGUGAUUUUUUUUUGUCCAAAAAGACUUGUAAAAUAUUCCCAGGGGAGGCUAUAAAGAAAGGAAAAUAGAAUUGAAGCAAAAGUCAAACAAUGAAAAAUAAGUAUGUGGCUAGUUCAACAUAUUUAAGGUCAGUUUGAGAAAGGAAAGGUCUGAAGAGUUUAAACAAAGACUUCAUGAACAAUUUGGAUUUAAGGACAGACCUGAAGAAAGAGGACAUUAUUUAGAUAAUGAGAUAAUUAUUCAUUUAUGGGCACAUAAACCUUGAUCCUUUUCAAUUAAGUAUUUCCCUGAUAACAUGAAAGUGUUGUACAAGUUCUCACCCUAAGCUGCCUGUCAAUUAAAUACAAACGAAAUGGCCAGGCACAAGUUUACUGUUUGUCUGCCAGCUUUUUAAUGGCCAUUUAUUUCACAAUUUCUUUCUCUCUCUCUCUCUCUCUCUCUCUCUCUCUCUCUCUCUCUCUCUCUUGUCUACUCAAUUAAUUAAAUAUCUCUUUUUGUCUUGAAAUGUCUACUCCUAAAUUCUACUAUAGUAUUGGAGAUGCCAUGGAUGUUAACCAGAAACAGAUGUCAAAUGUGAAAUUUAGAUUUACAGUGAGAUCAUUAAUAAUUCUUAAACAAGUGACCUGAUCCACUGGAAAUAUUUCAUCAGGCUCACAUGCCCCAACAGAACUGAAUUGCCUUAUGUAAGUCAAAACUGGUCAGGUAGGCACAUACCCAGGGCUUCCAGGGAAAGAGAAGGAACUUCAAAGAACAAGGAACUGUUAGGCUCUAAAGAUAAUGGACUUAAUCCACAUUUGAAUGGGUUAGAAAAUAAUCUGUUGUUGUUGUCAAAGAUGUAGCAAUGAUCUCACUAUACCAAUUAACCUAAUCAUGGUUCUUCUGUCCCACAACUUGUACUACACCCACACACAUACGCAGUUUUUCUCCAACCUUUCUACCCAUAAUGUUAUAUUAUUAUACAAUUAAAAUAAUAUAUGCUGCC